AGAAACCAAAAUUCCAGUGCUUCAGAAUGGUUAUCAGUCAAAAAGGAGAAGCAAACCCGAUCGACCCCCGCAGGUGGUGGACACCUCAAGCACACGGAGACAUCUGAACCUCAAGACAGGGCCGCAGCUGUCUUCCCUAUGGGAGACGAGAGAGAGGCCGCCGAAACAGGCCUCUCAUUCCAAAAAUAUCAAAGACAUGAGCCACAGGGGCCCAGGUAGAGGGCACUGCCAUGUUUCCCAGGGCCUCAGUCAUGCGUCAGAGCUGAGGAGGGACAGCUCUCGGGAGAGGAGGCCCCAGAGUUUAGGCCGAGCCAAUACCGGCGAGGACUCAGACAGUGCCAGUGACCUCUCCGACACGGAGAGAGCCCCCGCGCCCCCCACCCCUGGCACGCCGCCAGAUCUGAACCUGAGAGCCGAGGUCAUCGACCCCGCCGAGUUUCAGCGCCCCAGGGGUAUCCCUCAGAGGCAGCGGCAGCGACAGCCCCAGUGCCAGUUCAGUAAGAGCUACCCGGACUUCCUGCCGCCGCCUUUCAACGCCUGGAGCCUGCGGCAGCUGGCCGUGUUCCUCCACACGGAGGGCAAAGGCGUGCCACGGCCCCGACCCGUGGGUCAACUGGAGAAGUACCUGGAGCGGCUGCUGAAGCUGGAGUGGCAUCAGAGCCAGACGAUCCAGGACGAGACGGACGGCAACGAGGGCGGCAGCAGGGGUGCCCCCCGACCUUCCUGUUGCCCUCGGCCCCACAGUGCCAACCUGAGCACCCCCAAAAGCAUCCUCCAGUGCCAGCGGGCAUUCCCCCUCGCCCUGCUCUCCUCCAUCACCCACCCCAUGCCAGUCCAGCAGGUGGGAUGCGCGUGCCCGCACUGCCACCUCCGCUACCCGCACUGCAACGGCUCCUGCCGGACGUAUGCCUACCACCACAGCUCGCCCCUGAGCCCUCUGGUGGAGCGACGGGGCCGCGCAGCCGUGCCCAAGAGAAGCAGCAGCGAGAACCGCACCAAGGCGACCGAGCCUGCUCUCCCGUCCCGUGGCCGCAAGCCAGGGAGCUUCAACGGGAGCAGUCACCUGAGACGCAUGCAGGCUGCGGGAAACAUCCGCAACCCAUCGCUCAGCCCUCCAAGGCUCCAGCCGCCGCGGCCUGUGUUUACAUCCAUGGAGGCCGGGGCCGGGGCCGGGGCCAGGAGGGGGCGAGACCCAAGCAGCGGAGCAUAA